UGUGGGAACAAUCCAACGCUGAAGACAUACCCAUAUACACCCGCAUAUAGAUACAUACAUAUACAAUGAGCACAGCCAAAAGAAUAAAAUAUUAAGGAUAUGAGAAAUGCUGUUGAAUAAAAGAUUGAUAGAAGAAGUAUUGAUCCUACUCCCAGUCCCGGGACCUCUGUCUCCCUGAGCAGACAGAGCUGCAGCAGAGACAGACUGCAGUACCGGAGACACACAGCAGAGGCAGUAUCGUGCGGUUUCAGCGCUGAGUCCUCCACAGCAGAAGAAGAAGAACAUCCGUAGAAGAAGGUCUGGGAGCUUGUUAUUCUUUGUCCGUCUCUGUGACGGUCUGACCCACUUCUCCUCCCGCGGAUCUCCAAGACCUCCGGACCGGACCUCUGCGGGUCUCACGUCUCCCCGCGGCUCGUUCCUCGGGCCUCCCUCUGCUUCGGCGGGCCUCCGGAGCCUCCUCUGCCCGGGAAGCAGCGGCUUUGGACGGGGCGAUGGCGGCGGGAGGCGGCGCGGCUCCCCCGCACGUGGGAGACGUCGAAGAGGACGCUUCACAACUGCUGUUUCCUAAAGAGUUCGAGAACGCGGAGACGCUGCUGAACUCGGAGGUCCACAUGCUGCUGGAGCACCGCAAGCAGCAGAACGAGAGCGCCGAGGACGAGCAGGAGCUGUCCGAGGUCUUCAUGAAGACGCUCAACUACACGGCGCGCUUCAGCCGCUUCAAGAACCGCGAGACCAUCACCGCCGUGCGCAGCCUGCUGCUGCAGAAGAAGCUUCAUAAGUUCGAGCUGGCCAGUUUGGCCAACUUGUGUCCCGAAGCCGCCGAAGAGGCCAAAGCUCUGAUACCCAGUCUGGAGGGCCGGUUCGAGGACGAGGAGCUGCAGCAGAUCCUGGACGACAUCCAGACCAAGAGGAGCUUCCAGUACUGAGACCUGGACCCGGACCCAUGUGGAUCCUACCGGACUAACUCAGAAUCGUCAUUCCUUUCUUUUUUAUUCUUGUUUGUGUUUAAAAGCAUCUGUCAAUAAAGUGUUGUGAUUGGUUGAUCUGGC